AUGCUACAACCCGAAAGUCAAACCUUCAAAUUGCAAGGACGUGGUUUCAACGUAAAUGUAAACGUACGGAUCGAGUUAGUGGGAGAUGACAAUGAAAGCAGAGAGGAGCUCGCCACAGUAUGCGAAUCGAACAUCGAUGUCGACGAUCCUACAUUGCAUAAAGAUGUUGCUCCGCCCCAGCCGGCGAACGAACAUGAGAAAGACCAGGUGGACUCUAUGGCCAGGCUCAACGAGCGGCUGCAGUUGGUCGAGAUGAAUUGCUCAAGACUGGAAGAGCUCUACAAAAUAUACCGACUUCGUUGGUUAGAGGAAAAUUUUCGGGUAAGGGCGUUGCAAAAAUACGCACCAGAUGGAGUCAGUACUUACUCUCCCCGUCAAAUCACAUGGGACGCCCCCUCUCCUGCACAAAGUGGAUACGAUGUCGAAUUUGAGGGCCAAGAGUAA